UGGCCGAUUAAAAUCAGCCUGGUCUCGAGGCUAGAGAUGACAUCGAUAAAAACACUGAUUUUUGUGCUAAACAUUUUAAUACUGACUGAAGAUUUCCUGCUGCCUCUUCUUUUCUACUACAGCUGUAAUUAAAAUGUUGGAAGGACUAGCAAGAAAGAUUGGAUUGGGCUUGGCUGGUUUCACUAUUCUACCAUGGCUGCUCAUUGUGAUCGGAUUCGGAUGGACCACUGUUGCCGACGGUUAUACACCGGUGGGUUCUACGUGGUUUCCCCAUUGGUUCAUCUCUCUGCUGGGUAUUCCAAUCAUCGUGCUGGGAGCUGUUCAUGCUGUUAUCAGUGCACGAUCUGCAAUUAGGAUCCUCAGGACCAUUACGACAGUGUUCAGUGUUUUAUUCCUUCUCUGUCUUGGGAUGAUCUUAUUCGGUGCAGGAAGCUUCAUUAUUUACCAAUCAACCUAUGGUCAUGCCUUCUAUCAUCCUGUAAACUUGGCGUUUGCAGGAGCACUAAUUGCCACUAUGUCCUGGACUGGUCAGUUGAUGGCAUGGACCUUCUAUGAGGAAGCUAUCACCAAUAACCAACAAUACACUAUAUAGCCGAUAAUAGCUGCAUGCAUGCAUGGUGCGUGAUUUUGUACACUAUUAGCUUAACAUGCUAAGCGUCUAAGAGCUAGUGUUAGCAUUAUUGAAACUCAACAUGCAGUUCAAAUUAGCGAGUUAUUGUUGUGUGUUGCCUAUACUAUAUAGAGCUGUCACAAUGAACGUUUAUAAUCUAUGGUGAAAUAAACUCAUAUGUCUUAUCAUGA